AUGACAGUUCCUGGUUGCCUCGCUGUAGGGUACAGGUCACUCUACAUUGGGGAACGAGCAUCUCUAACGAAAACAUUCAGUGCCAAAGAUGUUGCACUUUUUGCUGAGCUGACAGGGGACACCAACCCGCUCCACCUCGACCCAGAGUACGCGAAAACAACCUCUUUCGAGAGCCCCAUUGUUCAUGGAGUGCUGAUUAACGGUCUGAUCUCAGCGGUUUUGGGUACGAAAAUGCCCGGUAAAGGCUGCAUUUUUCUCUAUCAGGAAAUACGCUUUCCGGCACCGCUCUACAUCGGAGAGGAAGUGGUGGCGGAAGCUGAGGUCAAAAAUAUAAAAAUGUCCUUUGCUUUCAUUUCUGUUUCCUGCGCUGUCAAAGACAAAGUGGUGAUGGAGGGAGAGGUUAUGGUCAUGAUGCCAGAGAACGCACAGGGAUCAUGA